AUGAUGCUCCUCCGUAGCGCCGCCGUCUCCUCCUCCGCCACCGCCGCGAAUGUUCGCCUUACCGCCGCCACUCACUCCUCCCGAACCCCUCGCCGGACGACUACCAUCAAUUCCCUCUCCGUAAAAGCCAAAUACGCAAUCUCCAACGAGGACCUCGAGUCCCGCGGCUUCCUCCUCCGGCGAACCGCCGCCGACCUCGACCUGGACCAGCUGAACGCCGUGUUCGUCCGGGUCGGGUUCCCGAGGCGGGACCCGGAUCGGAUCAAGGUGGCGCUGGACCACACCAGCUCCCUGCUGUGGGUGCAGGACAAGCGGAGCGGGUGGCCCGUCGCCUUCGCCCGGGCCACCGGCGACGGGGUGUUCAACGCCAUAAUCUGGGACGUGGUGGUCGACCCGUCGUUUCAGGGGAUCGGGUUGGGGAAGGCGGUGAUCGAGAGGCUGGUGGAUGAGAUUUUGGAGCAAGGGAUUGUGAACAUUGCGCUGUAUUCGGAGCCCCGGGUUCUCGGGUUUUACCGCCCGCUGGGGUUCGUUGCCGACCCGGAUGGGAUCCGCGGGAUGGUGUUCUCCAGGAGGAAUAAGAAGUGAAUGAAUGGUUCAGUGUAUAUGCAUGCGUACGAACGAAUGUUUAGCUACCAACUAAGAUUUAUU